AUGCCCGCCGGAGUCUCGUGGGGUCAGUACAUGAAGUUUCUCGGCAGCGCCAUGCUGGCCAUGAUGGCCGGCUCCCAGGCAGUGCAUCUAUACUACCGACCGCUUGAGGAUCUGCCCGUCUAUAUAGAGCGGGAGCGGCAGAGCCACGACCCUCAUCCAGAUCCCAAGCCACCAGAAUCAACAUAAAACUUUGUAAUUCUUUUAACUAAAGUUAGUUAAGUUAA